AUGGCAGACAACGCAGAACUCAACACUGGUCUUGCAUAUGCUCGAGAUAAACAAUAUGAGAAUGCUGCAAAAAAGUUCACUUCGAUAAUUGAUGAAGAUUCAACGUAUGCGGAUGCUUUCUUCUAUCGUGGAUGUGUAUAUAUUCAUCUUGGUGAAUACGAAAAAGCCGUAAAGGACUUCAAUGAAGCUCUUUCUUCAAUCAAACUCUCACAGACACACGAACUACCGGCAUUGUAUAAACGUGGUUAUGCAAAUCUUAAACUAAACCAAUUGGAUUUCGCUUUAGACGAUUAUCGGCAGUACAUAAAUCAAUGUCAAAGUCGCACGGAAACAAAGAAUUUUGUUCACAAAGGACUUUUUCAGAUGGGAAUUAUCUAUGAAGCAUUGAAUGAACAUAGUUUAGCUGUAGUUCAUUUCACUGAAGCUAUUGCAGCCAGUAAAGAUACUGAAGAAGAUAAGCAAAGAUUAUAUUAUUUAUACCGUGGACGUGCGUAUGCAUGCUGUGCAAAAUAUAAUGAAGCACAAAAAGAUCUUGGUUUGGUUAUUGAAGAGAGUAAAGAUUCGUUUAUUAGAGGUUGUGCAUACAAUGAAUUAGGUAGACAUGUCAAUGCACGCGACGAAUAUGAUAAAUUAUUACGACCAAACAAGAAUGAAUCGAAAUUAUUUCAAACAUCUCAUGAUCAAAUUCUAUUCCGACGUGGUCUCACCAACGAUCGUCUUAAAUUACAUGAACAGGCAUUAUCUGAUUUUCAAUCUGCGUUAAAUUACUCAUCACAAGAACCAAAUUCAUCGAAGAUUACUGAUCGAAUAUUUUUUCGGCAAGGUAUGUCUAGUAUGGCAUUAAACAAUCCGCACGAAGCAUUAAUUCAUUUCAAUAAAUCAAUUGAACUUAAUAAAAGUCAAUCCGACGUGUUUUAUGCACGUAGUAUGCUUCUUUAUACACUUGGUCGAUAUGAUGCAGCAAUUUAUGAUCAACACCAAGCAAUGGAACUUCAUAGAAAAUCUUCACCAUUGGCACCGACAUAUAAAACAGUAUUCUAUACGAGUAGAUAUGGUGUUAGUCCUACGAACUAUGCUUAUUAUAAUAGUCGAAUACACGAAACUGAAAAUCUGCUGAAGCGCGAUCAAGAUAUUGGAAGGAAAGCGAUGUUUCAUCGAAUAAUUGCUGAGUAUUUACAGAAGCAAGCGUCAUACACAAAUGAUUCAUUAUCGUUAUGUAAAUCAGCACGUGGGCAUAUCAAAAAUGCAUGUAAACUAUUACAUGAUUUGCAAAUCGAAGAUUCUAUUGCUCUUUCUGUUAACAAUUUAUGCCAAGCUCAAUAUCUUACUGAGAAAUAUCGCAAUCAAAAGGUUCCCGUGUCCAUUAUGGAAGAUUAUAUUAAAUAUCAAAUCGAAAUUGUUAAAGGAAUGAGCAAUUUGUUUGAUGAACGUAUUGUUAAAAAAGAUUGGAGCAAUUUGAUUAAAGCAUUAAACGAUGAACGUGAUAAAUCAAAUAUGCAACAAAUAUGUCAUUUGGAUCAAAUUCGAUAUGUAUUUAUUCAAGAGCAAUUAGACAAGGUUGAUAUAAUACAGGAAACAAUGAAGAAAUUUGCUGAGUCACCUGCGCAACAAGAAUUCUAUACAUUUUUAGUUAUUCGUUUAGUAAAUCUAUUCGAUGCUGUUCGUGUAGCUAGUACAAGUAUUUUUUCACAUUCAUUACAGGGCAAGUUCACUCAAGUGUCGUGGAUAUUCAAGCUUUUCAAGGAAAUAGUUGAAUUUGCACCGAUCGGAUCAGGAAGUGUCUCAAAGAUAUUUGGCAAAAGUGAAAGUGGUUUUAAAAAAUUAGAUGAAAAACGAAUUACACAUACACUGGAGCGUAUGGGAAGCUUAGGUAUUCAAAAACAAUUCAAUGAAACGGCUAAUGCGAUUGCUGUAGAAUUAACUAUUAUGUACGAAGAUCAAAUUAAAAGAUUUCCGACAAAAGCAGACGAGAAUACCCCUCCUGUCGGUGCUACUAACGACGAUCAACAACAACAAAGCAAGUGUUGUUUUAAAUGUGAAAAUUGUUUUAAGAGACAAUAUCAUUGUUUAUGUCGACAAAAAGAAAGUCUGUUUAACGAAGCUAAACAAACAAUGAUACAAACGAUUGUUGAAUAUGGAGUUAGAUCAACUUUAAAUUGUCUUGUAGAUCUUUCAGUGACAAGCAUUAAAGAUCUCAAAGAUGUACAAAAUGUGUUCGUUAGUGGGGUAUGUCGACCACCGGAACUGAAUCUCGUUGAUUCAUUUAUGCUUAAGAAUGUAUUAAAGCCUAAAGACGCUGUGGACGUUAAUGAAUGUUGGAAUGUAUAUGAGUUCUUUCGACGACCAGCAAUUCGUUUUAAAAAUGGGACAGUGAAAGCCCUAAGAGAGACAGAUCCAGCAAAAUAUGGCUGCCGAAAACCAACAUCCGAAGAGGAAGAAUUACUACGAACUGAACCUAAGGAACUAGAUAAAUAUGGUUUUAAAAUAAUUAUUAAACCUGAAUCAUCAUAA